GUUUGAAAAGCACAAGAGCUUUGUACAGCAAGGAAGGAAGAGAGAAACCAACUCUUCUUUUAAUCCACAAGAACCCUUUCAAUCCAAACCAAACCAAUCCAACUCUCUCACUCGCCAUUCAAAUUCAAAACCUUCGUUUCUAUUUUUACACAAAAAUCUCUGUCUGCUCUUUCGUUGGCUGCAAAAUCCUCCUUUUAAGGAGUCCGAGUUGUCUGGGUUGCUAAAACAGCUUUCACUGUCGAAUGGGGAUUUCCUUUUCUUGCCCAUUUUCGCAGUACGGUGAUUUGGAAAGUCGGUUAGAAUCAGUCAUUGUAAGGUCUAUCAGCUUUGGACACGAUGAAGUUAAAACUCCGGUUAGAUCAGUUCGUUUCAAUAGUGGUGAUGCAGAACCCACAAUAAUGAAAUCCUUAGGUUCGGGAAAGAUGACACUUGAAACUUCUGUUAGCUUUAAAGGGAGAGAGUUAGAGAAAAUGAUGUUGCACAAGGCUCCUUCGUUAGAAAAGAGCAAGAACGAUGCAUCAGUCAGCCCUUUCAGCAAAGAAAUGAACGUUGCACCAAUCAGCCCCAUUAGAAAAGAGACUGACAUUCACUCCCCAAGAUCAGAUAGUCCUCUGGGGAUGGUCCGGCCCUCGCAACUUUUGGAUCCCGCCAGCCCCAAGCACAUGGCCGCAAUUAAAUUGCAGAAGGUAUACAAAAGCUUCCGAACCAGACGAAAGCUAGCAGAUUGUGCAGUUCUUGUUGAACAGAGCUGGUGGAAGCUAUUAGAUUUCGCUGAGCUCAAGCGGAGUUCUAUUUCAUUCUUUGAAAUCGAGAAACAUGAAACUGCCAUUUCGCGUUGGUCUAGAGCAAGGACCAGAGCCGCAAAGGUUGGAAAAGGUCUAUCAAAGAAUGAAAAAGCACAAAAGCUUGCUUUGCAGCACUGGCUUGAGGCGAUUGAUCCAAGGCAUCGGUACGGACAUAACCUACACUUUUACUACGUUAAAUGGCUUCACUGUCAGAGUAGAGAACCGUUCUUCUACUGGCUAGACAUAGGAGAAGGGAAGGAAGUAAAUCUUGUUGAAAAAUGCCCUCGAUCGAAACUUCAACAGCAGUGUAUCAAGUACCUCGGACCGAUGGAAAGAAUGGCCUAUGAAGUUGUUUUGGAGGAUGGAAAAUUAUUCUUCAAGCAAUCAGGGGAGCUCCUCCAUACAACCGGAGAAUCCGAUGGUGCCAAAUGGAUUUUUGUCCUCAGUGCUUCUAGAACCUUAUAUGUAGGCAAGAAAAAGAAGGGGACAUUUCAGCAUUCAAGUUUUUUGGCUGGAGGAGCCACAUCUGCUGCUGGGAGAUUAGUUGUUGAACACGGUAUCAUUAAGGCAGUUUGGCCUCACAGUGGUCACUAUCGGCCUACAGAAGAAAAUUUCAGAGACUUUCUUUCAUUCCUUGAAGAGAACAACGUGGAUCUUACAGAUGUUAAGUUAAGUCCUGUUGAUGGAAGAGAGGGUUCGCUUAGCAAGAAAAGAAGCAGUGCUCAUAUUAGAUGCAACUCAUCUGAGGAGGACUUGCUCCCAAAUGUAUGUGAUUUAAAGACUGAAGAGACUAUUGACGACUAGGACACUGAUUCAGUAGGACAAGCUGCUGCAAUCGACUCUCAUAUGUCAAGCCGGCCCCACUGCUUUAGCAGAAAAUUGUCUAAUCUUGCAGUACGAAACAGGGAAAGGUAUUUGGAGAAGGUAGAGAGCGCAACUCAACCUGCUGGUUCAAGUUGCAGCGGUAUUCCAGUAGAAAAUCCAGUUGAUGGUUAUGAAACGGUGGAUGAAACUCUCCCAUCGGAACAGGAUUACAUGGUUUCAAAGAAGAACCUAUUUGAAGAAAACCAUGAGGAGAAGGAGGAAGAAGCGGUUCCUCAAGAAUCAAUUCUCAAAAGGAUUAACUCACACAAGGGAAUGGAAUCAUAACUUGGAAGGCAGUUAUCAUGCAAAUGGACAACGGGAGCUGGACCUCGCAUUGGUUGUGUGAGGGACUAUCCCUCGGAGCUCCAGUUCCGAGCACUGGAGCACGUGAACUUGUCUCCACGAAGUGCUGCCGGUUUGAGGUCAUACUUCUCUCCUCAGAUCACCAGUGCGUUGAGUCCAAGGGUGUUGACACCCACAAAAUGUGUUGGGGAGGUGGAAGCACUCGUAAGCUCCCCGGCACUUAUUGAGAGAGUAAGGUUUUCUUCAAAAAGCAUUAGCCUUCCUAGAACUCAGUCCUUCCAACUUUUUACGGGAAGUAGAGCAACCGCCAUUGCUAAUGUCUCAUGACUGAAAAAUAUAGAUUCAUUUAUUCUUUUGUGUAUAGAAAAUAUGAUAAAGCAACAAUUUUGUUUGUUCAU